AUGGAUGAGAUAGUGCCGGCGUUCAAGAAACGGACGGCCAAGGCCAAGUCGAGCCUGCGCAAGAAGACAGCACCGCCAGCGUCCGACUCGGAAGACUUCACGUCCAGCGACGACGAGCAGGGCCACAGGAUCAAGCGCAGACGGAAGAACGCCGGCGUGGGCGCCUCGUCCAAGACCGCUGCGCCGAAGCGAGAAGAGGACGAGAAGCCAGGAGCCACGGCCGAACGACGGGCGCUGCCCACCACCAACGACGCAACCAAGCAGUCGAACUGGUACGAUGAAGACCUGAGCGAGAAGAACCUGCUGGGAAACACACGCACGCGCACGAAGCCUGAGGACGCUGAGCGGGCAGAUGGCACGUACCGCGGCGCCUCGAGCUACCAGUCCUUCAUCCAGAAGAACCCGGACGCACCCUCCAGGCAGGUUGGGCCCAUGAAGCCCGCCGCAACCAACAUCCGCACCAUCACCGUCACCGACUUUGCCCCGGACGUGUGCAAGGACUACAAGCAGACAGGCUUUUGCGGAUUCGGGGAUAACUGCAAGUACCUCCACGCGCGAGAGGACUAUAAAGCCGGUUGGGAGCUGGACCGGGACUGGGAGAUACAGACAAAAGGCAAGAAGCUCGCCGGGCAGACGGUGGCUUCACGGCAUGGCGGUGACGGGGAGGGAGAGGACGAGGACGAAGACGACGAGUUUCUGGAGAGCAUACCCUUUGCGUGUAUAAUAUGCAAGCAGCCGUACACGAGCCCGAUCAUCACCAAGUGCGGACAUUACUUCUGCGAGGCGUGCGCGCUGAAGAGGUACCGGAAGAACCCGAACUGCGCGGCAUGCGGCUCGUCGACGGGGGGAGUGUUUAAUGUUGCAAAGAAGCUGGGGAAGCUGCUGGACAGGAAGCGGGAGCGGGCUAGGAAGAGGAGGGAGCAGGCCAUCGAGGCCGGCGAGGAGGUCAGCGAGGAUGACGAUAAUGACGAAUAG